AUGAUGAUGAUACAAGGAGAGACCAGCAUCGAAGCUGUAUCAGUGGGGAGACAGUUAAGUAAACUGUCACUAUUCAAACCAAUCUUGCAUGUCGAAGCAUGUCUCCAUUCCAAUUCAACUGCUCGGCAUUCCGAAGUUCAAGCUGUAGUCAUCAGCUUCCUGAAUUCUCAAGCUUCGCCAACCUUAAUGAUCAAUACGAGGAUACAGCUAUCUGAUGUCAUCAUCAUGGACGAUCAAGCCGCUACGGCCUUCUUGCAAAGGAAUCUGCUGAGCUUGGUGAUUGCUGAAGCUAGUGGUGCCAAGCUACACAUAUACACACCAGACCAAGUCAUAUUAAAUGUUCAUGUCUUUCAACUGAGUGACGACGAAGGCUGGAAUGAAAGAACUGACGACGAAGAGAAUGUCGUCGCUGCAAACAUUUGUGACCUGCCUGCUAGACAUUUAGAUGGUGUUUGGGAAAAUUUGAUAUUUGAUGAGGACUUGCAGACACGGCUUCUGGAAUACAUUACCACAUCCACACUUUUUUCUGACAAGAUGGUGGACUCCAACAUUGUAUCUUGGAACAAGAUUGUACUUUUGCAUGGAACUGGAAAGACAUCAUUAUGUCGAGCACUAGCCCAAAAACUCUCAAUACGGCUAUCAACGCGCUACCCAUCGCUAAAAUUGGUAGAAAUUAACAGCCAUUCCUUGUUUUCGAAAUACUUUUCGGAAUCUGGGAAAUUGGUUUUGAACAUGUUUUCAAAGAUACAUGAGCUAGCUGAAGAUGGAGAGAGCUUUAUCGUUAUCCUUAUAGGCAAGCAUGAGGUUGAAUCAUUGACUGCCGCGCGUAAAGCCUCUAGCAAUGAACCAGGAGAUGCUAUAAGGGUGGUCAAUGCUCUGCUGACACAAAUAGACAAGAUUAAAAAGUAUCGUAACGUCCUGAUCAUGACAACAUCCAACAUCACCGAUGCCAUUGAUGAUGCUUUUCUGGAUCGAGCUGAUUUACGACAAUACAUCGGAAACCCAUCACAACGAGCCACAUAUGCUAUGUUGAGUGGAUGUGUUGAGGAAUUGCUGAGAUGUGAGAUCAUUGUUGCUCCUAGUGAUGGUAUGACGACAAGUGUUUCACUUGUAAAUUGGAGAGAGAUUGAAUUCUCGAGUGAUGAGAUGUCUAGAAGGCUUUUUGAUAUUGCUGGAUUGUGUCAAAAGCAGGGAAUGAGUGGUCGUGGGAUACGGAAGCUGCCAAUGAUUGCGCAUGCUCUUUUCGUUCAGGCGCCUCAAACAACCCUAGACGUAUUUUGUCAUGCUCUAGUUAGUGCAAUUGACUACAUGGGACGAAACAAACAGGGUUGA